AUGCAAGAACCAAAUAUGCAACAUGGUGUGUGGAAGCACCAAUGCAUCAUUUGUAAUCAACUCUUUUCUUCAAGCCAAGCCAUAGCUGGUCAUACAAAGAUUCACUACAAAGACGGUUGGGUUAAAGGAACCCACCAAAAAAAAGUGUUUGUCCUAUUUCCUGAUUAUCAGCAACCACAGAGUUCUACUACUAUUGACCCAUUAACUUACCAGCAACAACAAAUCUUUUCUACAAGAGUAAUUGACACCGAUUCACCAAAUUCCCAUCAAUUGGGUUCGUCGUCUCCAGUACUGGCCCCUCCUGACACUGAUUCACCAAAUUCCCACACAAGAGUAAUUGACACCGAUUCACCAAAUUCCCAUCAAUUGGGUUCGUCGUCUCCAGUACUGGCCCCUCCUGACACUGAUUCACCAAAUUCCCAUCAAUUGGGUUCGUCGUCUCCAGUACUGGCCCCUCCUGACACUGAUUCACCAAAUUCCCAUCAAUUGGGUUCGUCGUCUCCAGUACUGGCCCCUCCUGACACUGAUUCACCAAAUUCCCAUCAAUUGGGUUCGUCGUCUCCAGUACUGGCCCCUCCUGACACUGAUUCACCAAAUUCCCAUCAAUUGGGUUCGUCGUCUCCAGUACUGGCCCCUCCUGACACUGAUUCACCAAAUUCCCAUCAAUUGGGUUCGUCGUCUCCAGUACUGGCCCCUCCUGACACUGAUUCACCAAAUUCCCAUCAAUUGGGUUCGUCGUCUCCAGUACUGGCCCCUCCUGACACUGAUUCACCAAAUUCCCAUCAAUUGGAUUCAUCGUCUCUAGUAGUGGCCCCUCCUAAGCAGAAUCUGAGGCUUCGGGAUAUGAAGACUCUUGCAAGACUCAAGGGUCGUCUCACCAAAGAGGAGGAAAGAGUCCUUUUGCUUCUUCUUGAUAAUGCUAAGAAAUAG